AAGAGACGUCACGGGCUUAGUCGCGCGCUAUCGUUGUUAUUUUUUAGUAUUUGCAUCUCGCGUUGAAUAUUUGAGAAUAUAGUUGUUAAUCUAGUGGUUUUUUGAUUUACGAUGGCUGAAGAAGGUGCAGCAGCGGCGACGGCCGAGAAAAUUAUUCAUACAUAUCCACUUGUAAGGCACUCGGAUAUGUCUGAGGAGAUGCGCACGGAGGCGGUGGAGUUGUCUGUGACGGCGUGCGAGAAGUUCUCGCAGAACAACGAGCUGGCGGCACGCAUGGUCAAGGAGUCUAUGGACAAGAAGUUUGGCCCCGCUUUCCACGUGGUUGUCGGCGAGAGUUACGGUUUCGAGAUCACCUAUGAAUGUACCACCAUCUGCUAUAUAUACUUUGGCGGUAACCAGGCCAUCUGCAUCUGGAAGUGCUCAUAAAUUCAUACAAAUAUUGUGAUGUUAAAAAUUUUGAGAACUAUACAUAGGAGAUGCCUUAUAUGCGGCACGGCGGAGUCUUGCAUUGUGGCAUCUCAUUACAGCUUAGUUAAUAAAAACUGUUUUUAUGACUAUGUUUACUACAAAAGAAAAUUCAUAAUCUACAUCCAGCGCGUGUUACUUUACAUAACAUUAGGAUAGUUAUGUAAGAAGUGUAGUCUGUUUUUAUAAUUACUUUUAUGUGUAAUAAUAGAGUAGAGGUCUUCAUUUGAUGUCUACCAUUUUAGUGCGAUGAGUAGCUAUAGUAACUUUCGCGUUUUUUAGUUGCUCAAAACAAGCAAAAAGCUCGUUGGUCGUAACAUCCAAUAAUAUUAUUCGAAUAUUUUUCUGGAAAGGCAAGAAUAUUGUUAGUUAGAUAUGUAAAAAACUUGCUGUCGCCCGCGACUCCUUUCGCGCGUAUUUAAAAAAAAGGUUGCUAAAGGUUUUCCCGUCUUUUAUUCCAAUUUUUCUCACUUUUUAAACCUUCCAUAGACCUCCACAAACAUUUCAAGGCCAAGAUAAGAUAAAUCUGUUCAGCCGUUCUCAAGUUUAAGCGAGACUAACGAACAGCAAUUUAUUUUUAUAUAUAUAGAAGAUAGAAUAGAUGUAUUACUUUAAUCACUAGUUAAAGCAUCGACACUACUUAAGAUAUUAGAUUUACUGCUUCCGAUAUAGCAGAGCCCUACAAUACUCUAUUUCAUCACAUA